UAAUGAAAGCUUACUUAAUUAACAACUACUAGUACACAACAAACUAAACACAGUUACACAGUUCCCACAACAUUAAUCAAUCUCAUUUCCCACAACAUAGUUCUCUCAGAAUCUCACACAACCACACUCCUAAAUUCAUCAGUCCUUGUUCAUUCAUAUGAACAUCAGCACAUGUUUUUCUAAACCAUGAAACCACCACUUCAACUUCUCUUCAUUCUCAUCCUCUUCUUCUUCUUCUUCUUCUCCACCAUUACAACCUCAUCUCCUUCUCUUCCUCUCCCACCAACCCCAUCUCCAACAUCACCUCCUUCAACUCCUUCAUCACCAUCAUCAUCAAAAUCAACUCUUGACCCAAAACAAAUCACAGCCUUACAAUCCCUCAACAUCCCAACUUCAAAAGACCCAUGUUCACAACCAUCUUUCCACAAUGCAACACUUUGUGAUUCUUCCAAACCCUUUCGCCACCUCAUUUCCUUAACCUUAUCUAAUUGUUCCUCCUAUGUUUCUCUCUCUUUCACUGCUCUCAAAUCUCUCUCUACACUUCACUCUCUUAACCUUAUCAACUGUCCCAUUUCACCUAUCCAUUUCCCUCAAGAACUCAUUUCAUCUCUCACAUCCUUCACCUGCAUCAAUAGCUUCCACAAAAUCUCUGGUGUUUGGCUCUCUCAGCUUCAAAAUCUCACUGAUCUUACUGUUUCAAAUGUUCAAGUUAAAGCUUCUGGUCCUUAUGUUAUUCUUAGUCACAUGAACUAUCUCAAAUCUUUGACAAUUUCUCAUGCAAAUCUCACUGGUUUUUUACCUGGUCACAUUCAUUCAAAUCUUACCCAUUUUGAUUUUUCAAGUAAUCAACUCAAAGGAAAUAUACCCUUUUCAAUUACAAUGCUUGAUAGUCUUGAAAGUUUGAAUCUUUCUUCAAAUUUACUCACUGGUGAAAUACCCUCUUCAAUUGGUGACUUAAUUUCUCUAAAAAACAUAUCUUUAGCUUCAAAUUUAUUUUCUGGGUCUAUCCCAGAUUCAUUUUCUGCUGUUCCUGGUUUGGUUCAUUUGGAUCUAAGUUCAAACCAGCUUAAUGGGUCUAUUCCAAAGUUCAUUUCACAAAUGAAGAAUAUCAAGUACUUGAAUCUAGCUAACAAUAAUCUUCGCGGUGUUGUUCCUUUUAAUCUCAGUUUUAUAAAGGGUUUAGAAGUGUUUAAGAUUGGUGGGAAUAGUAAUUUGUGUUAUAAUCGUUCGGUUUUGUCUUCAAAAUUGAAACUUGGAAUUUCUCAUUGUGAUAAAUAUGGAAUGCCGGUUUCGCCUCCACCUGCAAAGGAUUCUUCUGCAGAUGAUAGCAGUGAUGAUGAUUAUGAUGAUAGUGAUGAUGAUGGUGGUGGUAGCAAGCACAAGAAGGAUCAACAUCAUGGACCAAACAAGUUUGUUCUUGGUGUGGCUAUUGCUCUUUCUUCUAUUGUUUUUCUUAUUGUUUUCUUAAUUGUUUGUUCAAAAUGUUGUCGUUGAAGAUAUUUUGAUUUUGGGUUUUUAGAUUAGGAAAAUUGAUUACUUUUGUUAAGUUGAGAGGGCUUGUUUAAUAUAUUUAAUAUUUAUUUUAUUAUUA